AUGUUAAUAGUAUUAGCCCCAACUAUAAUGCUCCUCCCCAUGAUCUGACUAUGCUCCUCCGCACACCUGUGGACGUCAGCACUAGCUCACAGCAUGGCAAUUGCCUUAAUUAGCCUUUCAUGACUCUGUCUUCCAAUAGAAGCCGGAUGGUCAUCCCUUAAUACUUUCGUUGCAACCGACCCCUUAUCCACCCCCCUUCUAGUCCUAACCUGUUGACUUCUUCCCUUAAUAAUUCUCGCGAGUCAAAACCACAUGGCAAAAGAACCCAUUAAUCGACAGCGAACCUAUAUCUCCCUGCUUGUCUCUCUCCAAAUCUUUCUGGUCCUGGCAUUUGGGGCAACCGAAAUAAUUAUGUUUUACAUCAUAUUUGAGGCAACACUAAUUCCUACACUUAUUAUUAUCACACGUUGAGGGAACCAGACAGAACGGCUUAACGCGGGCAUUUACUUUUUAUUUUAUACUUUGGCCGGCUCCCUUCCCCUAUUAGUGGCACUCCUCUUACUUCAGAACUCAACAGGAUCACUAUCCUUCUUAACCACCCAAUUCUUCCCACCCCUUCAACUGCACACAGAGGCAAGUAAGUUCUGAUGGGCUGGCUGCUUACUCGCAUUCUUAGUUAAAAUACCAUUAUACGGCGCCCACCUAUGACUUCCUAAAGCCCAUGUCGAAGCCCCUAUUGCCGGAUCAAUGGUCCUCGCAGCCGUUCUUUUAAAGCUCGGAGGUUACGGAAUAAUGCGAAUUAUUAUUAUCCUUGACCCGCUCACAAAGCAACUCAGUUACCCCUUCAUUAUUCUUGCCCUAUGAGGUGUUGUGAUAACUGGCUCAAUUUGUCUUCGGCAAACAGACCUUAAAUCCCUCAUCGCCUACUCCUCCGUAAGUCACAUAGGCCUUGUGGCAGCAGGAAUUUUAAUUCAAACCCCCUGAGGACUCACGGGGGCUUUAAUUCUUAUAAUUGCCCAUGGCUUGACUUCUUCCGCCCUCUUUUGCUUAGCUAACACAAACUAUGAGCGCACACACAGUCGAACUAUACUGCUAGCCCGGGGCCUACAGAUAAUUCUUCCCCUUUUAGCCACAUGAUGAUUCUUGUUUACCCUUGCCAACCUGGCACUCCCCCCUCUACCUAACCUUAUAGGGGAACUUAUAAUUAUUACAUCCUUAUUUAACUGGUCAAACUGAACCCUGCUCCUGACCGGGGCUGGGACCCUAAUUACUGCUAGUUACUCCCUUCACAUAUUCCUAACAACCCAACGAGGCCCUGUUACUAGUCCCGUUGUAGCAAUUGAACCAACCCACACCCGGGAACACCUUCUAAUGGUUCUUCAUCUUCUCCCCCUUCUCCUCCUAGUCUUAAAACCUACCCUUAUCUGAGGGUGGACACUCU